AUGGAGCAGCUGCUCAAUGUGGAGAACGAGUGGGACAGGGAGGUGGAAAGUGAAGUGGUGGAGGGUCCAUUUUGCCUUAUCGAAGAAUGGGAGGUGGCUCAGGCACUGAAGCACACCAAGUCUGGGAAGGCCGCUGUUCCAUCUGGAGUGGUUAGUGAGAUGAUGAAGGCCUCUGCAGGUGUCAGUGGCAAGGGUGACCCUUUAGAGUGUGGCUCUUUCAGGGCCAUCAAGCUCCUGGAGCAGGCAAUGAAGGUGUGGGAGAGAGUGCUUGAGGUACAUCUGAGGAUGCAGGUGGAGAUUGACGAGAUGCAGUUCGGCUUUAUGCCGGGUAGAGGAACUACUGACGCCAUUUUCAUUGUACGACAGCUGCAGGAAAAAUUUCUGGCCAAGAAGAAGAAGCUCUACCUUGGGUUUGUGGAUCUUGAGAAAGCUUUUGACCGGGUGCCAAGGGAGGUUGUGCGAUGGGCCUUGAGGAAGCGGGGUGUGGAGGAAUGGCUGGUGAGAGCAGUGAUGAUGUUGUACACUGGUGCUAGUACGGUGGCGAGGACAGGUGCAGGGGAUAGCAGGAGUUUUGAGGUGAAGGUUGGUGUACACCAGGGCUCGGUACUGAGCCCCCUGCUGUUUGCUACUGUGAUGGACGUGGUGUCCAGUGAGACGCGAGGCGGGCUGCCUUGGGAACUGCUGUAUGCGGACGACCUAGUCCUUAUAGCAGAGACAAGGGAGCAGCUACAUGCAAAGAUGGCAGCAUGGAGAGUGUGUCUGGCAUCUAAGGGUCUGAAGAUCAACGCCGGGAAGACCAAGGUGAUGGUUAGUCGUGUCAGCGGUGGGCCAAUGACGAGCUCUGGUGCAUGGCCGUGUGGUGUGUGUGGGAAAGGUGUAGCUGCCAACUCAAUCCAGUGUACAACGUGUAGGAAGUGGGUUCACAGGCGAUGUAGUGGCUUGAAGGGUAGUCUUCAGGCUGCUAGCGCCACGUUCGUCUGUAAGAGAUGUCGGGGUGAUGGUCUACGGCCAGAGGAGAGAGAAGCGGGUCUGGAGGUCUGCGGUGACACGUAUGAGGUGGUGGAGUCGUUCUGCUACCUGGGUGACAUGCUGGGUGCUGAGGGAGGAGCAGAUGCAGCAGUGACAUCACGCGUGAGGAGUGGGUGGAAGAAGUUCAGGGAGCUGGCCCCAUUUUUGACAUCCAAGGCGCCGCCCCUGAAGAUGAAGGGCCAGGUUUACACCGCCUGUGUCCGAAGCAGUAUGGUGUACGGCUGCGAGACAUGGCCCACGAGGGUGGGGCACAUCCAGCAGAUGGAACGAGCAGAGAUGAGAAUGAUCAGGUGGAUGUGUGGGGUGUCUCUGGCUGACAGGCUGUCAAGCGAGGAGCUGAGGAGGAGAGUGGGAGUGGAGGGGAUCGGCAUCGUAUUGAGGAGGCACAGGCUGAGGUGGUUUGGUCAUGUGGAGAGAAAGGAGGAUGUCAACUGGGUCAAGAGGUGUACCAACGUAAUUGUGGGUGGGCCCACACCCGUCGGCCGACCGCGCAAGACUUGGCAGAGCUCCGUGUCAGAUGACAUGCGACUGCUUGGAGUCAAUGCGAGGGAUGCGACGGACAGGGCCAAGGUGCUGAGGAAAGUUGCAACCUUGGAACGAUGGUUUUAA